GUCCUGGAUAAUAUGAAAUAAAUUUAUAUCAGGACAAAUAUAUAUACAAUAAAAAAUUUAAUAGCAGACCAAUUACCUUUCACUCCCUAGUCAAAGUCAGUAAAUCUAACGAUCAUCGCCUUUUCAUCAUAUUUUGGCGUCCAACAUCUGAUCACCGUUGAUUUUUGUAACUACACUACAUAUCGUCCCCAACACAAGGCCUCCCUCUCGACUGCUUACUGGAAAACUACACAUUCAUGGCCUGGCGCCUCUUUGUAAGCAAAACCCUAAACCUAAUUUUCCCCCAUUCCCUCCCAAACUCUAAUUCACUUAAAAUCUCCCCCUUCUCCACCUCAUUUCUCGUCACUAAACUGCCCAAAAAGCUCCGAAAGAAAAGAAAAAAGCCUUCUCCCCGAACUAGGCCGAUCCAAACUGACUCGGUGCGAGUUCCUCACUUUGAAUCAAUCCUUAAUCGCGAUUCUUACUUCAAAUUCCUCAUCAAAACCAAAGAAUUCCUCUCCAAACAGCCAGAACGUAUACUCCGCCUUGACGAUGCCGGCAAGUUCCACCGUGAGUUGGGAUUUCCUCGUGGCCGUAAAGUUAUCAAGUCCAUUCAACGGCAUCCCCUAAUAUUUGAAGUUUAUCGCCAUACGGACAACAAAAUGUGGCUUGGAUUUACUGAAUUUGCGGAGCAGCUGCUGGAAGAAGAGAGGUCAAUGAUGGACACUAUGGAAAUGGACAGGGUUAAUAAGGUUCGAAAAUUGUUGAUGAUUUCGAAAGAAAAGAAGAUUCCCCUGAGUAAAAUUUAUCAUAACAGGUUGUUAUUUGGAAUUCCUGAAGAUUUCAGGGACCGGGUUGCCAAAUACCCCGAUUAUUUUCGUACUGUUGUGGAAAAUGAUGGAAAAAGGGUUCUUGAAUUGGUUAAGUGGGAUCCGAUCUUAGCUGUGAGUGAAUUAGAGAGACAGUUUAUUGGUAACGAGGAUAAGGUUAUGAAAGCAUUUAAAUUUCCUAUAAAGUAUGGGAAAGAUUUGGGUUUUGAUGAAAUUGAUACGAGAAAGCUUAACUUGCUGAACACUUUGCCUUUGGUAUCGCCAUAUAGCGACGGGUGGAAGUUGGAUAUGUGGAGUUUGGAGGCUGAGAAGUAUAGGUUAGGGAUUGCGCAUGAAUUUUUGAGUUUGACAUUGGAGAAAAGGGCAAGUAUACAUCAUAUUGUGGAGUUCAAGGAGGAGUUUAGCUUGACUAGGCGAACAUACGAGAUGCUAAAGAAGCAGCCUCGGACAUUUUAUUUGGCGGGGACAGAGAUGAAUUGGGCGGUGUUUUUGAAGGAUGCUUAUGAUGAAAAUGGAGCUUUGAUUGAUAAGGAUCCACAGUUGGUUUUUAAUGAGAAGUUGUUUAAGUUUGCACAAAUGCAGGAAGGGGAAGUAGUUUCUGGCGCUGGUGAGAAAUAAUGUGAAUAUUGACAUUUUCAGAAUUGAAAGGAAAGAGAGAGCUUUGAUUGAUAAGGAUCCACGGUUGGUUCUUAAUGAGAAUUUGUUUAAGUUUGCACAAAUGCAGAAAGGGAAAGCGGUUCCUGGCGCUGGUGAGAAAUAAUGUGAAUGUUGACAUUUUCAGAAGUGAAAGAAGAGAGAUUUAAGUGAAUCAAGGUCAGUCCUCUGUUGUCACAAGUGAUUUCAACAGAGCAAUUCUGGUACUUUGCUACCAACUGGCUAGUUUGUUCAGAAAUGGCCCUUGAUAUUGAAAACAAAAUGAGUUCAUUCUAGAACCCGCAUUGGGUACUGUGAUUAUCCAUAUGUGUCUUCCUUUUUUCUAGUGCAAUGUGAUAGCAGCAGUCACUUGCGGUUGUUACUGAUGAUUGCAUUGUGAGGUGCAGUCGCAUCAUGUAUGUGAAGAAAUUCAUGAAGCUUUUGUGGGUAUUUUUGAAGAUCAUUGUAUUUGGAUUCGUCUUGUUUUUUUAUCAAUCGUUGUAUCUUUUACUCCUGGUUUCACUCACAUCCAACAUGAGGGUCCAUUCGGUAGAUCCAUGACUGAGUGGCCGAUCCUUAAAGAAUUUCAAUCAGUUCACCCCUGCUGCAAAGAGCAUGGAACUUUACUCUGUUCAA